CAAUUUGAAGAUUGAAUAUACCGUGGUUAUGUGUAACAGAUUUGUCAUUUCUCAUUAGCGGGUGGAGUCGCUUUUCUCUCUAGAAAAUAGCAACAAGUGUCAUAAUUUUUCUAAAAAAGUUGUAUUAAUAAAAUAUGGGUUGUGCCAUAAGUACAACAGGGGACAAAGAAGCCACUGAAAGGUCCAAAAAAAUCGACAGAGAUCUUAGGGCAGAUGGAGAAAGGGCUGCUAGUGAAGUUAAACUUUUACUAUUAGGUGCUGGAGAGUCUGGAAAAAGUACGAUCGUUAAACAAAUGAAAAUUAUCCAUGAAACAGGCUACUCCAUUGAAGAAUGUAAACUUUACAAGCCUGUUGUCUACAGUAAUACUAUUCAAAGUCUUAUGGCUAUAAUACGAGCAAUGGGUCAGUUGAGAAUUGACUUUGGAGAUCCAAGUAAAGCUGAUAUAGCCAGGCAGUUUUUUACAUUUGCAAGUGCAGCAGAGGAGGGAGAACUCACCCCAGAGCUAGUAGCAUUAAUGAAAAAAUUAUGGCAGGACUCUGGAGUUCAAUUGUGCUUCUCACGUUCAAGGGAAUAUCAGUUGAAUGAUUCGGCCGCUUAUUAUCUCAAUGCCUUAGACAGAAUAUCUCAACCUACAUACAUACCAUCUCAGCAGGAUGUUUUACGUACAAGAGUUAAAACUACAGGAAUUGUUGAAACACAUUUCUCUUUCAAAAACUUGCAUUUCAAAAUGUUUGAUGUUGGUGGUCAACGCUCUGAGAGAAAAAAAUGGAUCCAUUGUUUCGAAGGUGUAACAGCUAUAAUUUUUUGUGUUGCUCUGUCUGGUUAUGAUCUGGUACUAGCUGAAGAUGAAGAAAUGAACCGAAUGGUAGAAUCAAUGAAGCUUUUCGAUUCAAUUUGCAACAGCAAGUGGUUUGUUAGCACUUCUAUAAUCUUAUUCUUGAAUAAGAAGGAUCUUUUCAAGGAAAAAAUUGCCCGUAGUCCUCUAACUAUUUGUUUUCCGGAAUAUACAGGCUCAAACACUUUUGAAGAGGCUUCAGCUUACAUAAGGAUGAAAUUUGAAAACUUGAAUAGAAGAAAGGAUCAAAAGGAAAUAUACACCCACUUAACAUGUGCCACUGAUACUUCUAACAUUCAAUUUGUAUUUGAUGCUGUCACUGACGUAAUCAUCAAGAACAAUCUCAAAGAUUGUGGCCUUCUUGUAUAAAUACGUAACAAAGUGUCAUUCUAUCCUAAGCAUUUAUUUUAAGAUGUAUAUUUUUACCAAUCUAACAUUCAACAUGACUUAGGGAAUCCAUAAAAACUUAAUAUUCCAUGAGAAAUUGGAUCUUCUCUACAGAAUCAAUAAUAAAUUCUAAGACUGAAUUUGCAUUGACACAAUUGAUAUUUACGCUUUUUACAACAUUUGUUUUCAGGAAACUCCUAUUUCAUCACGAAUAUCGCCAAAUAGUUUUGAAAAAAAUCGAUUAUCAUGCUAAUACCUAUUAAGUAAUUAACUUAAUUUCGAAGAGAUAUUCCUUUGGUUUGACAAAAGAGGAGAUGUGAGGUUUACUAAAGAAACGAUAAAAUUUCAUUUAUUCAGAAUACUUGACCGUUCAUUUGAUUGGUGUGUGAUUUUCGUUCCAAUACUUUUGUAAUUAAUGUGCACAACUUUGUACUUUUCCACUUGUUGUAAAUCAUCAUUUUUUAUAUUUUAAAUUUUAUUUCUACUUGGUUGAUUCAUAUCUGGAUGGGGCAUUACUAAAAUUGUGUUGCUUGAAUGAAAUUUUUGUUUGAAAACUUUCUUGUGGUUAAGGCUCUUUUCAAUUUUUUCUUUUUUGUGAAGAGAUCAUGUAUUUUGAAUUGGUUUUUUUGAUCUAUUCAAUAUUUGAAAGAUCAAAAUAUCAAAUGUCACUAUAUAUGUCUGAUAUAAUUUCAUUAUUUAAUUUUCUAUAAGUUAUUUUAAACCUGUUAACUCCAAUAUGUCUGAUUAUGCAGUAUUUAUAAUUUUUGCAAAACUAUUCAUAUCACGAGUAUUAAUUCGACAAUCCAUCAAUUUCAUUACGUUAAUUUUUUCAGUAAAAAAAUGAUAUGUGUGAUUAAUUAGCCUUGGCCAAUAAUUACAAAUCAAAUAGAGCUGAAAAUGAUUGCUUAUCGAAUGUCACUCGAAAUAUCAUAGCUCUAAAAUUCUCGGUUAUUUGGGAUUUGAUGGAAUAUCGAGAUUUUGAAGUUUAGGAUUUCCAUAUAUUUCUGAUGACAUAACUUGACUAGUUCAGGAAUAAGUUUUUGUCCUCAGAAAUGUACUUUUUGGUCUAACCGUAUAUAUAUCUCAAUCAAAUUCUGAAGCGAGAACAUCAAUCAUCCAACAAUAUUGUUAGUCGCCAAAAAACAUGAUUAAGUGACUGAUUUUUAUAUACUUAAAAAAAAUACAUUCACCACUAGAGAAUAAACUUAAUAUUGAAUAUGUAUUUUUAGAUAUAUGUGUAUUUUUCAUCAAAUCAAUAAUUUUAUCUCGAAAAUCUAUGUAAUUCAGUGUGAUAAAUUAUCUGUGUUAAAAUCGUUAUACAUCUCUUUACAAUAGUAUUCUGCAAAACUUACUUAAUAAAAGUGAAUAAAUAGAAAUAGCAUUGGCAGAUUAUUUCGAGAUAUUGCGACAAUUUUCUAUUGAAGUGAUGAAAGAAUGAAAAUACGUUUGUAGUAUUUGAUUACUGAAAAAGAUCCACGGUAUUUUAUAUUUUUUACUUAAACAUAUUUCUGAAGAAUCUACAUUUGUCUGAUUCUCGAAUAGUUGAAAUAAUUAUCUUCUGGAAAAAGUCUUGAAUCAGAAAAAUUGUUUUGUACUUUGAAAGGUUGUGAUUCUUGGAGCUCAAGUUGUUAUAUUUAUUAUACCGUUUUGGAUAUCUUCAACUAGGAAAUCAGACCCUCUCCAUCUUUAAAUGAUCAAAAUUUUAAUUGAUAAUGGUAAAGUUCCAGUGUAUAUUUUUGUAUAAUAUUUUUGAAAUAAAUGUAAUCAAUAAAUGACUUUUUCGUA